AUGGCUGCCUGGAGCAAGGAAAAACGGGGAGAGAGAGCGCUGCGUCUCCUCCUUUGAACCAACGCUCUGCAUCAGCUUCCCAGCUAGGGGGUGAGUGUCUUGUUUUCCGUUGUGUGUGAGGCAUCCUGCCGGGGCUUGUGUGAUGAUCCACCGGCGGCCGGUUGAAGAAGGGGAGGGCGGAGGGUUAAAGCCGAUGGCUAUCGGGCCAGCAGAUACGGCACAAACUUUGGAUUAAGCAUGCGACCAAGGUGACGGAUUCUGAUUGAGGCGUCCCCAAACUUUCUUUAGCCUCCCCAGUCCCACCAAAAUUUAAUAAAAAUAUUAGCCCCCCUCAGCGUUAGCGUGUUUACAUGCUUGACUUGAAGCUGCUCAGAAAACAUGCGAGAAUGCAGUGGCAGUCAGAUUUUUUUCUUCUUCUUUUUGGCCCGGCAGCCCCUUCGAGAGCGCCGGUUGCAAAGAAUUGUGCCUUGUUGUACUCCCACCCCCCGCUCCGUGCCGCACUGGUUCCGUCUGGCUCGCCCUCAGCUGCUGCGUGUCCUGGGAUGACCUGUUGAUGUCGGUAGAAUGGAGAAUGGCAGGGGGAGCGAAUUCCCCCAUCACCAAAAUAUUUAAAUAAGCAACAUUUUGGGCUUGACACCCGGCGCCGCAGCACGACUACCUCGUCCGCUCAGGCAGUAAAAAAACCCUUUGGUGGUGUGCGUAGGCGCACCAUGGCCCAGACCCUCCAAAUGGCGAUCCCGAACUUUGGCAACAAUGUUUUAGAGUGUCUGAAUGAACAGCGACUGCAGGGCCUCUACUGCGACGUCUCCGUUGUGGUCAAGGGCCAUGCCUUCAAGGCUCACCGUGCAGUUCUGGCUGCUAGCAGCUCUUAUUUCCGGGACCUUUUCAGCAGCAGCAGCAAUGGUGCCGGUGGCAGCGGCAAUGAGACAAGCCCAACCAUCGUAGAGCUCCCGUCGGCUGUGCAGCCCCAGAGCUUCCAGCAGAUUUUGGCUUUCUGCUACACGGGACGUCUCAGCAUGACAGUGGGAGACCAGUUUCUGCUCAUGUACACGGCUGGCUUCCUGCAGAUUCAGCAAAUCAUGGAAAAAGGCACUGAAUUCUUCCUCAAGGUAUCCUCUCCCAGUUGUGACUCCCAAGGCCUUCAUGCAGAGGAGGCCCCGCCUUCGGAACCCCAGAGCCCUGUUACACAAACGAAUAACAGUGCGGCCCGGCCCACCUCCAGCCUGACGCCGCUCCCGCUGGUAUCACGCGUGAAGACGGAGCAGCCAAGCAGCCAGCUGGAAGCAUCUGCUCCUUAUUCUGUGGUCUGCACCCCCGUUGCCAAGCGGCUGUGGGAGGGUGGCAGCAGCAGAGACGGAGGUGGGGUAGGCUCGGGGGGAGGAGGAGGGGCCAGAAAGGCAGCUCGUUAUUCCCAGGAGGCGGUGCGGGGCAGUGCUAUCCAGAGUCCGGGAUCCCUCGGACUGGCCAUGUGUAUGGGUGCUACUACAACUGGUAUGGCGGGGAUGGUGGGAAGCGGCGGGAUUAGCGGCAGUGCUGGGACCAAUGGGAGCUCUGCAGCAGGGCUGGGCAUGUCGGAGGGUGCCAGCCCCGGCACCCUGAGUACCUACGCUAGUGACUCACCCAUCAGCUACCACGAUGAUGAAGAAGAGGAGGAGGGGACAGAUGAAAGUGCUGAAGAGCAGUACAGGCAAAUCUGCAACAUGUAUACCAUGUACAGUAUGCUCAACAUGGGAGCUGCAGCAGCUGGCGAGCGUGUUGAGGCUCUACCAGACCACACAGAGACGCGGGGUCGGAUGCGGGGCCGGGAUCUUACGUGUCUUCCCGCGGAACUCGUUGCUCAGAUAGGCAACCGCUGUCAUCCCAAACUGUACGAGGAAGGAGACCCUGCUGAAAAGAUAGAGUUAGUUUCAGGUACUUCUGUGUAUAUAUCACGAGCCCAGCUAAUGAACUGUCAUGUGAGCGCAGGGACCAGACACAAGGUGCUGCUGAGGAGGCUGCUGGCUGCCUUCUUUGACAGGAAUACUCUGGCCAACAGCUGUGGAACAGGCAUCCGCUCGUCCACCAAUGACCCGAGCCGCAAGCCCCUAGACAACAGAGUGCUGCAUGCGGUCAAAUUUUAUUGCCAGAAUUUUGCCACCAGCUUCAAAGAGAGUGAAAUGAACGCCAUCGCAGCGGACAUGUGCACCAACGCCCGGCGCGUGGUGCGUAAGAGCUGGAUACCCAAGCUUAAGCUACUGAUGGCCGAGAGCGACGCCUACUCUGCUUUACUCCCCGACAGCGUCAAGACAGAGGAGGACACCCUUGGGGCAGAUCACAGCUUCGACCCCACCUCUCUGGAGGCCGCCGGUGGAGCCGGCAUGGAGUCAGGCGGCUCUUUGGGUGAAUCCCUGCCUGGUGUGGGCGGGGAUGGAGGACAGUUAUUUUGAACAUUGAGCCCCGGGGAAGGUUGAAGUUCAGUGACGCACAUACCCGUAUUCCCCAGUUGUGCUUGCCUCCUCACUCCUUGGCCCAUGCUGAUCUCUCACAUCUCAACUGUUUGUGCUACACUGCUAUGGGCAACAGCUGUUACCCUGAUAUAACCAGGACAUAUAUAUAUAUAUAUAAAAUAUAUAUAUAUAUAUAUAUAUAUAAUUAAAAAAAAACUUACAAUAUUUGCUUUAUGACUGUAAAAAGGAGUUAGUUGAGGAACAAGAGAGUUUAAGAGGGUUUAGCUCCUCUUGUCUUUUUAAGGUGUGAGUGCAUCCACUGUUGCAUAUUGACUACAUUCCCUGAAGUGCAGGUGGUAGAGGGAGCUACUAGUGCAGCCUGAGGAAGAAGGGAUGGCUGGAUGGACAGGUUAGAGGUAAAGCUGACGAGUAUAAUGAAUGUAAGUGUCACUGGCAUUUUUCUCUAUGCAAGCCUGACAACUUGUGUUCCAUCCUCGGGAAAAGAACGAAAUCUAAACAAAAUGAAAAGAAACAUUAUUACAGAAGCUUAACACUACUUGUUCUUCCUCCCCUUACAUCUUCCUCUCAUCACCCUGCGAGUAUUCUUCAACCCACCUCACCUUUUUCUCAAGACCAGAGAAUCUCACCUGGGUGUUUCACUGUGCCGUCUUCUAGCAGUGAUCUCAUCUUUCUGUUUUUCUAAAGUUUCCUCAUGUUUCUCUGUGACCUGAAAAGUGAGAGGAGGAAAGCUUUUUACCAAGAUGAUUGUAAAAAAAGAUUUAGGGGCAACAGGUAAUUAAAGAUGGUCAUAUUUUUAGAAGACACACUAUAUUUAUACAAGCGCCCAUGCCUAGAGCGGUGUGGGGAAAGAGAACGAGAGGGAUUGUUUUAGAAUCUCGAUAUUCAGCUUUUAAAGAAAGAGCUUUUGUCAAAUAAGGAAAAGUGCUAUUUUUGCAGGAAUAUAACAAAGCAGUCUUAUCAUAGGAACCUCUGUUUAUUUUUAUUUUACAGUGAAAGCGAUGGAAUAAGCAGUCAAACUGCUAAAUUUGACACAUAUCAUCUUCCGUUCACUGGCUUUAAAGGAAUAAUAAGACUGCUUGAGAUGGCUUGACUGUGUCUGUGAUAGCCCUUUUUUUUUUGUUAGAUUGUGGCCUGCAACGUUUGCCUCCUUUAAUUAAAAAAAGAAAAACACUGGCUCACAAUUUUGAAGAUAACUUAAAUGUGACAUUGAUCUUACAACUCAGCUAGCUUUGUCUUUGUUCAAAAAUGAUUGAAAAGUCAUUAACCGUUAUUGGAUAAUAGGAUGUGCCUUUUAAUUGAAACCAGUAAGCAGAAGCUGACGAGGUGCAGGAUAUUGCUUGAAGUAAACCAAUUUUUUAAAUGGUACUAUUUAUGUGUACCACAUAGUUCUUUGAAAUGGCAAGCUUGUAUUGUGUGUCUUUCAGUAUGUUGUUAUUUCUUCCAUCUUUUGCACCUCUUUAAUAUUGGAAAUGGGGAAAAAAGGCUUUAUUUGGAAUUUGAAAAGAUUUUUGCACCUUCUGUGAGUAGUAGAGUGGUGGUUUCUGCACCUUAAUGAGAAGAACCAGUGGUUCAUGCACCUUUUUGAAAAACGCUGUGUAGCAAUGAAACCCCUUUAGGUGGAAUCUGUCAUCCCCAUCCCUCACCCCUCCAAUUCCUGCCUGUCUUUCUUAUAUGGAGGUGGCACAAACUCCUACUGUAAAUAACCAAGAAGACUGUUGAGUUAAAUCCCAAGUGUUCUUCCUUUCUGUCGCUGGAUGUGUCUGGUUAAGAAAUGUAAACAUAUGAUCUUUUUUUCCCUUUAUGUUUGAAUGCAUGUUGGCCUGUCAAAUGUGGGACAGUACAGGAGACUCAUUAUUCCUAUUGCAGGUGGAUAAAAGUGAAAGUGGUAAGUGUCUGACUUGGAAUGUGUUCUUAACCUCAAAGGGAGUGCUUUCUCCCUGCUGUAAGGCAUUUAUAACAAGGUUCUACUUUUCUGGAGAUAAGCAGGAAGCACACCAUGCUUCCUUGUCAAUGCUGUUUGAUUUGAAACAGUAUAUUUUGCUGAAAAUAUAACAAGAAACAUGAUAUUACAUAUAUUGUAACUCAGCAUAUUUUUACCGUAGCUAAAGAUUGACUUGGAGGUGUGUGGACAGAACAAAAAUGCAGUACCUUACGAGCAUUUAGUAAGGAUAAUAACUAAACAACCUCAGCUUUGCGUUUGACUGUGGAUGCCACACGGGUACCCCUAACUAGUGUACCUCUCCAGUAUCUUUUAAGACUGUUCUGUGCUUCCUGUAAUUCAUGCAUCAUUUCAUGUUUCACUUCCAAAAGUUCAGCCAUGUGUUUCAAAGAGAGGUAAAGCAGUGGUUUAGUUUCUUUAGCCUGAUCUAUGAUAUGCAUCUUUGAUUUGUUUAUUGGCUGACAAGAGUUUGUUUUGUUUUGUUUUGUUUUGGGUUUUUUUUCUUGGUUUAAAACUGUUUUUAUUAAGACUGCAGUUAGAAACAUGGAAGAAAUAGAUGGAUUUCACAGUAACCAUCGACACACACACUGAAUGACUUGCGCUCUUUUCUGAGUCAUCACCAGUGAGUCAUCAGUGACUCUAAAGGGGUCGCGUUAUAUACAGAACAUACAGUAAUCACCACACUGCACACAGCAUCUCUCAUCUGUUUACUGUUGGCGUCAGUUGAAGUGGGAAUAAACUUGGUUACCGUUACAUGUAAAAGGUUUUGUCAGAUUUCAGAAGGCCCUCACUCUUAACCUUCUUGCAUCAUGCUUCAUCUUCGUGUUUGUUACUUUUAUGCCUUCCUUUUAGCGUGUUUAAAUUUGUGUACCUUUCAACAUACGUGUUUACACUUCACGGAACAUGUAGACAUACACACUUGAAUGGAUAAGAUGUGGCACGGCAUGAGGAGUCUUUUGUCACUAAACAGUACAUAUAUAAAUAUGAUUAUAUACAUGUAUAGAUAAAUACUGUAUAUUAUAUAUAGACGCACACGUAGAGAUCAGAUUGUUUGUUGUGCACUCGCAGCAUGAGGUAUAUAUUUACCCAGAAACAGCGCUUCUUCACAGCCUGUGCAGUAGCCGGUCUGGCCAUGUCUUUUCCCUCUGUAAUCCUGUAGCACCAGUGGACCUCCUGUACUGCUCAUCCUUCUCUCUGUGUUCCAAGUGCCAAUAACUUUGUGAAAGCCCUGUAACUGUGACCCAACAUUAUCAAAAGUAAUUGCACAUUAACGACUGUAAAAUAAAGCAAAUCAUAGAAGAAAAAAAGAACAUGUCAAUACAUGGAUUCAAUAACGAAUAUCUUAAUAAAAAAAUUUGUAACAA